AUGGCGGUGACAGAUAUGGCAACGUCACUAUGACGUCAUGGCGAGAAGUUCAAAUUUAGGCGGGAAGAUAGGUCAAUUGGGCUACCACCACUAACCUAACCCCCUCCCCUCCCCCAGAAAAUGGCGGGAAGUUCAAAUUCUAUCAGGACAAUGCAACAUGCUAUGGCUACCUCCGCAAAUCUAAGCAAAUGGCAGGAAAAUAGGUCACUUGGGCUACCUCCACUAACCUAAGUCAUCUGACCACCACCUCUUCAUAGGAAUUGGUGGGAAAAGGACUCGGCCUCUACUGGAUAGGAUGGACAUAAGUCUUUAUUUAAACAGUCUUUAUUUAAACCAUUUGAGGCAGUACCUCCGUCCAGUGUAUUCACCGUGGGGUCCAGAGUCCAACUGACAAAGUACACGGUACUACCACCAGAGAGUGCUGUCAUCCCUCCCGUGACAUAAUCCAAGAUUGCGGUCUGGGGUGGGAGAAAUGGCGGGAACCAAUAGGAACCCUCAAUCCAUUCACGUUUUGGACUUCAGCCAGUAGGAUGGCAGUAUCUGGUAAUGUUAGCAGCUCUGGGACCUCAGUCUUGCUCAGCCAGCCAGCCAGCAAGCCAGCCAGCUGCAGCAGCAACAGAAGAAGAAGAAGAAGAAGAAGAAGAAGAACCAUGAAGCGUCAACAGCAGUUGCAAUCCAACACAGCCCUGCAGAACAGGAAGAAACAGAAAACAAUUGCCGUCGACGCGUCCAAGCCUGCAGGGUCGAGAGCCAACAUUCCAAUCUCUGCCGCGUCCAGACCUGUAGCAACCUCAGCUGCCAUGUUGUCAAGAACUGCACCGACAUCUGGGCCUGCGGCAGCAGCAACCUCCAGCAUGUCUCAACCUGUAACGACAACGUGGGAUCCUGUAGCGCACAUAGCCCACUUGCUGGAGCAGGACAAGGAACUGUGGUUGUCUUUCCCACACAUCAAUUUGUGUAAUGAUUUGCUCCCAACACAUCAAAUGCUGCUGGUGGUCCUAAACAACAGCAAGAUGGAGAACAGUACUGGUCACCAACAUAUGACCCAUCCCAGCAGAACAUCCCUGUGCUAGUGCAGCCACAGAGUGUAGAUGCUGUGGAUAAGGAGGCAUCGAGUGUACCCAUGUUUUUCAGUUCCACACACAAUUUAACUCCCAGUGGAACAAAAUGUGUAAACGUUGCUAUAGAAGCACAUCAGGUCUGGGGCUUGCAUGCAAGAAUAGAAAUUGAAAAUGCGUUGAAGGGUGUUAAAGUGCUCAUUCCAGAGUUCUACUGGGACGAAAUAUGUCGUGCAGAGCGCUGCAUCAAUCACAGAUGACUACAGAGCAUUAUCCUACCCGUUCUCUCCAAGACAUUCGCCUUACUGGUGUGACACUAUCUAUUACAGUAGUGUAUGAUGACUGUGAAAUUGGGUGACAACUUUGAUUAUCUAAGGCACACCUGAGUUAUGAAGUUAUACGAUCUGGAUACUAUGCUACAUCUUGCUUUGGAGAGGUUGAACCGUUGGUUGCCGAGCAUAGACUCUGCAUACAAUGAUGAUGUAAACUUCCUGUGUGUGCAUAGUGUACAUGUUGAUGGUUUGAAGCAGUGCCUUUGUUUGCACAUGAACGCUGAAUCGAAAGAGAAACUGUAUCGAAAGAGCAACAGAUUAAACAUACGUGUGAAAAACCUGAGUACUGUGAGGCACCCAUUGGCUUGAGGGAGAUACGUG